AUGAGUCGAACGGCCGCCAGCGUAGCGUUGGCGUAUCGGCAUACUCGUCCUUUGGUUCUGGUGCCGGGGGUUGGUUGUCAUCUGAGUCAUCACGGAAGGGAUCAUUACCUUGUUAACGACGACAACUGUGUUGUAGCUGAUCGUCGUCAUAACAAAGGUCUGAAACUAAAUUACAGUUACACUACUCUCGACCUGUCUUUGGACUCCUCUUUGGACCGUUGUGGAAACGAGCGUCCGUCGUUGCAAGUGGAUCCAUUUAAUAAGGGACUAAUUUUGAGUAAUCCGGAUGGGCUGUUAUCUCGAUAUUCUCUGACGUUAGAAGAACACUGCAAUGCCCCGAUUCGCGAUGGGAAAGAAGGAAGCAAGGAAGACCAGGGCAGGGAGCAGGGGAGGGAGAAAGGUAGGGAGAAUGUUAUUACAGAAGAGAAGGAUGGCUUGCGAGCGAAGUUGGGUGGGUUCCAGAAUUCUGCGAAGAGACGAGCCAAGUCGGUGUUGGGUUCGACUUUGGAACGUGUAAGCCCGUUGGGUAACAAGGUGUCGAAGGCCGUACGGAAGCCGAAGGCAUUUGUGGGUGAGGAGCUCGGUGAGCAUGCAGGAGAGUGCGUGGGUGACCGUGUCAGCGACGUAGCUUCCAGUAUACUGUCUCGUGUUAAAAAGAGUAGCGUACCCGGUAAGGUUGCGUCUGCCGUUGCGUCUAAUUACGUCGGUGAGAAGGCAGAAGAUGCGGCAGAUGACGGUGUAAGUACGGUAGUUACUAGCACAGUUGAGGCGGCAUCCUCUGUGGUCACCAGCGUCCUUGGCUGCAGGACUGAUCGGAACAACUUUGAUGAGACAAGAGGACGCUCAGGACAGCCGCGGAUAACCUAUAAGUUGAUGAAGGCCUUCCUCACUUGGGAUAGUCUCCAUGUCAUUGGCCGCAAAGACCAAGGAUUUAAACGACCAGACGCGGAAGCACAUUUUGUUUUUGGAGACCGAAAGCCUCGAGCUGUUCUCGGGUUCAUGUUUACCCAAGGCGCAGAGGAGGAAGAGGAAUUACCCUUCAUCAACUGGCUCUUUGGCGAAGACCGAUUCGUCUCUCAAGUCGAGAGACAGAUGACCAACUCUACUGUCGCUUCGACUGAAGACGAGCUCACACCGAGAAAAAAACGGACAUUACGGGGAACGAGCAAUGACGAGAGUGAACGGGAAAUAAGCAAUGAGGAUAGGGAACGGGAUAGGGGACGGGAUAGGGGACGAGGAUAUAGGGGACGACAAGGGGAAAAGAGUGAGAAGAGACAGCAGUCGCGCGGACUGUUGUUUAAAGAGCGGUCAAUCAGCAAGAAGUUAUCCCGACAAUUAUCGGGAGAGCAGCGCACACGUGUGUGGCGCAAUUUAGAGUCUUGGACGGUACCUUUUGAACAAGACAACCUGUUUAGUUUGCUGGACCCCAAGUGGACCUUUGUCCACUAUCGCAGUCCGCUGUACGCCGGCGUCCAAGUUCCACUCAUCGACUGGUACGUUGCGGAUGUUCGCGUGUCCCCAGAACAACUACGCCUGCUUGUGAAGCCGAGUACAUCUGGACGAGCACCCGACAUCAACGCCAGCGUGCCUAUGGGGAUUGCGCAUGUCAAUUGCUACGUGCCUGCAAAAUGCAAUUAA